UCCCCUCCUCUUGUGAUACACUUUGACACACACUCAAAAACAGCACAAUCUAACCCAGCUCUGAGGUGAAUGUUAUGUCACUUCAGCUGGUUGCGAGUUCGAUUCCCGACACUCACCACCGCCACUACCCUCCUCUUCCACCCCACUCCCUUCCUUGGUCACAGGGGCAGAAAUUAGUAGCAAGAAAGCAUGUAAUUGACAAAGUCACGUGUUCUCACUACGGGAACGGGCACAGCCAGCUCGAGAGCGAAUGAGAGCGAAGGAGAGGGAGAGAGAGAGGGAGAGAGAGAGAGGGAGGGAGGGAGGCAGAGAGAGAGAGAGGGAGCAGUACAGAGGUGGUGUGAGUGAGGAAGGGAUUGAAGGGAAGAAAGAGAGACAUGACAAAAAUAUCAAAAGGCAGAAAGCACGCCGUACCAUGCGAGCUAAAUUGGUGACCGAUGGGAUCGAGGAUGUCGGAUUAAUGGUGACUACCGCAGCCCGUUUUCGCAGAGGAAGCUUCUCUAUUGCAACUUGGGCGCAGAGGGUCCGCGGGGAAACAUGGCCGAAGGUUAUUCUGCAAUUAUUAUCAUUAUUAUUAUUUUCUAUUUUUUUGGUUGUUCUCUCUAUUUUCUGCUCUUUUACUUUCGCUCGCGCGAGGUGGGGAACAGAGGGUGGUAGAGGAGGUGAAGGAGGAUAGGAGGUGAGGAGGUAGUAGUGGUGGUGGUGGUGGAGAGAGAGAGAGAGAGAGAGAGGGGUGGAGGGGGGACAAGGUGCAACGUGAUUGUUGUUCCAAAAACCUUUUUUUUUUUUAAAAAAAAGAGAAAGAAACCGAUCUGAACCGCCCCUACCGAGCACCGUAUCCAACCUACCGGGAGCAUAUAUGCAUUGUUAGAGCGUGGUGUGUGCUUCCUCGGCUCACUAUAGUUUUAGGAAACCAUGUGUACACCUGCCUUUUUUUUUUUUUUUUUUUUUUCAUGAUGCCCCCCUUUAUAAAGCCUACAACAACUCCACGCGAGCAACCUAGGCUGGUGUUCAGAUGGCACGACACCGUGCACGAGAUCUCUCGGACCGAGCAUGCCUGUGCACGAACCGAGAGAGAGAGAGAGAGAGAGAGAGAGAGAGAGAGAGAGAGAGAUCCAUCUGUCACGGAGUAACUUUUCUUGAGGGGGGGAAAUGUUUGAUGCACACUGGAUCCACUGCACAGCACCAUGCGCCACUCGAAAAAACAGUAGUUGUAGGAUAUUUCCACCGGCCCUGAAUCUUCACAUAGCCCCCCGUGUUUUCAGAGUGGAGGGGAUUCCCCCCACGCUUCUGCUUCUUCUUCUUCUUCCAGAAGUUUUCUACUUUUACGCAGCAGAGUGCGUUAAACUUAUAUAAACCUAUGUGCGCGCAUGGAGAUCCUGUUUGUGAAUGUCUGUAAAAAAUGUUCUAACUUGCUUCCUGUGUGCUUUGCUUCCCUCCCACUACUACUACUUACUACUACUACUACAACCACCACCACCACCACAACUACAACUACAACCACUGCUGCCGCCCCUUGUUUCAGGAGGGCCGGGUAAAGGUGGCGGAGAAGACCCCGCCAAGUCCACCGCCGAGCAGGAGGACCGGACUCGACCUCAGAUCCUGUCGGGAUCGGGCUUCUGCAAAUGGUUCAACGUCCGGAUGGGCUUCGGAUUUAUCUCAAUGACCAGCAGUGAAGGGAGCCCCGUCGACCCCCCUCUGGAUGUUUUCGUCCACCAAAGCAAACUGGUGAUGGAGGGCUUCCGCAGCUUAAAAGAGGGUGAGCAGGUGGAGUUCACCUACAAGAAGUCCUCUAAGGGCCUGGAGUCCCUGCGGGUGACUGGACCUGGUGGGGGACCCUGUGCAGGCAGCGAGAGGAGACCCAAAGGGAAGGUCCCACUCCAGAAACGCAAACCAAAGGGACACGGCUGUUAUAACUGUGGAGGUCUGGAUCACCAUGCCAAGGAGUGUGGCCUGCCCCCCCAGCCAAAGAAAUGCCACUACUGCCAGAGCAUCACGCACAUGGUGGCUCAGUGUCCCCACAAGGCGCUGGCGCCUGCCACAGGCUCUCAGGACCAACAUGCGUCUACCUCGGCCUUCAGCCCAGGGACCGGGCCCUACCUCUGCCCCCCAGAGGAGGAGGAGCGCUCUGGCUCGUCUCCUCUGGAGGGCUCCUCCUCCUCCCCCGAGGAGCCCCACACACGUGGCCCCCGGACCCAGAGGUGGAGGAAAUCCUGAAAACAGCCCAUAGAGGUGAAACCUUUCACCGCUAACCCCUGACCCUCCUGUCUCCCCUCAAUCAAGGAUACCUGAAGCCCCCCCUCAUCUACCUCACACCUGUGAAAAAAAUGGGAGGUCUUGAUUUUCUUUACUUUUUUAAAAUUUUGUUUCGUUUUUUUUUUUCCUAACCAGCGCAGCUAUGGCAACGAUCACCGGGGUACAGACGUGUGUGAAUGUGUGUGACUGACUUGCAGUCAUCUGGUGCAGCUAUGGCAACCACCGCUGGAAUGGUGACUGCAGGGAAUGACUGUUUUUCUUGUUUCAAUCAGUGCAGCUCAAGAGUGAAACAACAUGGUAUGAAUCUUUUUUUUUUCCUCCCUUUUUCUUCCCCUCUUGGACCUAAGUGUUUUUCAUUUUGAAUCCUUUUUUUUUUUCUUACAGUUGUUGUCAAAUUUCUAUCCUGUAGGUCUAAUCAUUCCAAAAAAAAACACAAAAAAAAAACAACAAAAAAAAGAAUCACAAUGCAUCCUUUUUAGCACACACAGUAGCUCAUUUUUAAGAAGGAUUAGAAGAAGACUGUUAAAAGCUCAAGACCCUCUAAGCUAUAAUCCAGACCUGUAGGAUUGUUAGCUUGGCUCAUGAAGAUCUUUAGGGAAACUAUACGGAUUCCAGAGGGAAUGUUUCUUUAAGCAAGAAAAGAGAAAAAA